UACGGGAGUGAAAUGGUAAAGUUGUUUGCCGCCAAGAUACUGUUGGUUGCCAGCUUCAUAGCUAUCGGGACCACCGUCACCGCAACGCCACAAAUUGAUCUUCUUGGUGGUUACGAGCUGUUUGGACUAUGCGUGAACAAUUGUGCCCAGUGCAAGAAACUGUAUGGAGCGUAUUUUGAGGGGCAACGCUGUGCCGAGUCCUGCAUCAAGUAUCGCGGUAAAACGAUUCCGGAUUGCGAGGACACGGCAUCGAUAGCACCGUUUUUGAACAACAUCCUGUCACCAAACUCCGUUUUUUAGAUCGU